AUGGCCUUCCGCUUUUCGUCCCUUGCGCUCUGCCUGGCUGUUCUUGGAGGGUACUCACCUUGCACGGCUUUCCGCGAUGGUUCCCAUAUGAACGUUUCAUUUGAAGAGCAUAGAAAUGGAAGUUAUACUAUUCCAGCAACCGGACAAGGAGUCGAAGUUCCUUUUCCAGAGCCCGUGGACAGGCCGAGAAGAUCCAGUGGCCCUCUUCGUCCCGUGGUUGCAGGACCUGCAAAAGCCCACGACGACAAUUUCCAUGCAGAAGAAGAGUACGAGCAUCAAAUACAGCUACAUCCAUUUAUGACUCCAGUUGAAUCACCUGAAGGGUUGCCCGAAUGGAGAAGAAACCUUCGCUUCGGGGAAGCCACAUAUUCGCCGCAGAGAACGCGCGCAUUAUCGCAAACUGAUAGAGGUGAGCGCAAAAGAAAUGGCCGGCAGUUCAUGAAUAAAGAUACUAACGAGUGGGAAGUUGGAGGACGCUUAUUAUCGGAGUCCCCUUCCUUCCGGGCGGGAAGAGUGGACUUCCGCGAGGAGUCGCUCCUGAGCAGCUCGGUGGACGGCAAGCCCGAAGACCGCAGCGCCAGCACUGCGAAUAUAGAUGAAGAACAGAUGGACACAAGCUCGUCUGUAGAUGAAAAUACAGAUUCACGGGUAGUCCUUGAGGUGACACGCAAAAUGAAAAGCGUGGACGGCAGUAUAUCCAUACCGUCGCCAUUGGCCCACAGUUUGCUGUAUCGAACUAGAGAUAUAGCUAAUCCCCUUACAUUUGCCAACUUCCUUGCAGAAGGCCAAGAAUGGCUCAUUCCAGGCACAGGGAGCCUCUGGGAAGGCCUUGGGCGCCACGUGGAUUCACUUUUUUCAGGGCUGUUCUUGAAGACAGCCAGCGUUCUACCCAACUACAAGCGUAACGUGAUUAUCUGCUACAAGGAGUACAAGCCCUCUAUGUGGAUAGAAAUGUUUGGCCAGAGAAAUCAGUUUCUUCGGCAACUUGCUUCUCUCUUCCAAGGUACGCACCGCAUGCAAUCUGUGUAUCUUCGAAAUCUCGGGAUGGAGAUAUUUGAAGUGCCUCCUCUCUGGCGUGUACGUGAAUUCAUUGCCACGGUGCUGAAGCUGGAUAAGUACGUGAGCCACGUAUAUACAGAUCACCUGGUAAGUGACUUUGACAACGAACUCCAGGUGGCUUUGCAAGACGAUUCUUCACAAGAAGUAGUAGAUUCAAAACAUAGGAAACGUCAAGGUGAUGCCAGUAGUUCAACUGAUUCAGGGCAACACUAUGCAACGAGCAAAAACAAAGCACCGAGCCGCAGACUGGAGGUCAUGACAAAUGACCCCUUUACGUGGCAGCAGUGGGCUAUUGUGGACAGCGGUCCUACUAGAUGGGGCAUCGAAGCUCCAAACGCAUGGGAGGUUUGGACAGGUCAGGGGCUCAAACCGCGUUUCACAAUUGCCGUGAUAGACAGUGGUGUCGACUACGAGCACCCUGACUUGCAGAAUCAGAUAUGGCGGAACCCUGAUGAAAUAUGUGGAAACGGCAUAGAUGACGACUUCAAUGGAUUUGUGGAUGACUGUAUAGGCUGGGACUUCGUAAAAGGCACCAACUUACCUAUGGAUGAUAACGGUCACGGUACCGCUUCCGCGGGAAUCAUUGCUGCAGAGCCAAAUAAUGGAAUAGGUCUCACUGGGGUGUGUUGGGGCUGUGAUAUCUUGGUACUAAAAGCACUAAAUGAGGACAUAAAGGGGACCAUCAGUGCGUUUGCUAGGUCCCUGGACUACGCGAUUGGAAAAGGAAUAAUGUUGUCAAACAACAGCUAUGGGGGGAGAGGCAGCGGAUUUAGAGGCCUUCAAGAGGCUGUACAACGAGCGCGGCAGGCAGGAAUGAUUGUUGUCGCCGCUGCAGGGAAUUACAAUGGCAAUAACGAUAAUGACAAGCAACCUGUUUUCCCCGCAUCAUAUGAUCUAGACAAUGUCGUCUCCGUUGCAGCGAUUAGCCGCAACGGCCAACUAGCACCAUUCAGCAGCUAUGGAAAGAAGCAAGUUGACGUUGCUGCUCCAGGAUUGAUUGCCACAGGAGGCACUGUUGACGCCUGGAGCACACUGGCAAAAGAAGACAUUCUAGACCCGUAUGCCGCCCUUCCCGUUGUUCCCAUGACGUGUGCUUCAGCUUCAUGCAGUCAAUACGCGACCUGUUCAGAUGCGCAAGGAACAGCGAAGUGUGUGUGCAAUCGUGGAUUCGAAGGAGACGGAAAAGUGUGCAAGGACAUCGACGAAUGUAUUUUUAGUCCAUGUGGGCCUGCAUCCGUGACCUGCAGCACAGUGUCUCAGAAUAAACUCCCCAAAUCGGGGGCCAUGCGCCAACAAUGGAGGCUGUGGGGUCAAUUCUCUGUGCCAAGCGCUUUUCACUUCAGAGGCAACAAGGAAAUGCAAUUGUGUCAAUGGGUUCAAGCCCCUGCGCUUAGGUAA